AAGCUAUGGCUCCAAGAAUAAAAGUACCUGCCAACUUUGGUGUAGAACAUAUCAACUCUCCUGUACACAGAAAUCUGCUUCUUAAGCUGAGAGAUGGACAAGAGAUCAGAACUAAUUCCAUGAUCAUGUCCUAUAACAGUCCUGUUAUUGACAAGCUGACCACCAACCUGUUUCAGUCGUCUAUUGAGGUGGAUGAUUUCGCAAAUCCAGCAGUCGACUGUUUUGUUGAAGCGAUGUACUCUGGUGAAGUUGAUAAACUAGAAAAAGACAUCUUUGAAGAUGUAAACAAAAUGGCACAUGUAUUCGAUGUGUCCUGGUUGACUAAGAGGUGCCUGAAGUUUUACAAAGCAGAAGUACUGAAGUUUGAGAACAACUCGUACGAAGAAAUGUUAUUUGCUUGUGAGAUUGCUAGCAGGGCUCAUUAUAAUUUGAAAGACAGCAAAUAUGUCAGCUGCUUUGUGAAAAAUAUUACUUUCGGCGAAAAUGGAAGAUUUAUCUUCUUACAGAGAUAUAUGGCUGGUUUUUCUGAGCUACCCAAACGUCGGAUUGACAUGUCCCUCGCUAUUGCUGCUAAUGAUUUGAACAUCAUUAGCAAUUGUCUUAUAACUUACGUUUCCUUAACCCUGAAAUGCAAAGGAUUGGAUGAGAAUUCUCUGUACAUUUUACAGAAGCUGGAUGUUCAGAAGUUCAGCCGUACUUUUCCCUCUUAUUUGAAUGAUUUAACCAACUUCCUUGCUGCUGUAUCUGAAGAUUCUGAAUGUGCUGAACUUAAAGCAGUUGUAGAGAAGUUUGUUAAAGGGGGGAAUACUGAAGAGUCAAGUAGCUCUAAAGAAGAGCUAGAAGUUGAUGAAAAUACUGAAGAUGUACAAGACAGUGAUGAUGAAGAUUGUAAAGAUGUUGCUAAUCAAACUGAGGAAGUAGAAUCAGGUUGGAUACAGUGUGGUAGUUACACAAGUUACACAAGCUACACUCUGUCACACUACGAACCAGUACAGAUGAUAACUAACACUACACUGUCAGUGAACAUUAUUGAAGUGUAUUAUACUCUAUCUGGAGAAGGUGGGAGUAGUUGAGGAAUAUAUUCAGAUUUAUAGAGAUGUUAAAACCAAUCAGUGGAGUUAUGUUAUUGAGGGAUGUACUCCAAACAAUUACAAUACACAGUUUCUAAACAAUGUACCAGCUGAUAAACUCAAACACUGGAUAAUAACCAAAACUUCUACACACCUAAAGGUAGUGUGUAACAGAGUGACAGUUCUCAAUUUCAACUUUGCUACUGACUACAAACCAGGUUCUGAGAAUAGUCACCAGGUUUGGUUGAAAAGGUGCACAAAAAUACGACUUAUUGAUUAUUAUGAUGACUUACUUGUUUUGAAUACAGGCGGUUAAUUUAUGUAAAUUAGACAGAUAUGACCUCUAAACUAUAAUUAGUGGAAAUACUUUCCGAACUAUUCAAGUGUUAUCUUAUUUACCAACUGAACAGUGUAUACACAGUGUACUUGUAAUAUACACAUAAUUCGGUUGUGAACUAAUCAACUGUGGUCAGUUUUAUGUGAUUUAUCUCAAUGUGCUUUUUGUUCUUAACGACGAGAUUAAUUAAUGUUAUAACUUUUUUAAAGCAAUAUUUCAAUAUUUCAACUGAAAAAAGCUGGCAGUUACUUUGAUAUUAAGUAUUGUUAUGGCAUGUUAAAGAUUAUUUUUAUUGUUUUGAUUUUAUUCUUCCUCACGACUUUUUGAAUG